AUGAGCGUAGUUAUAGCAUCCCAAAUCCCAUUCCAAGUCGAAGAGUCCGAGAUUGAGAAGUUUUUCCAAUUCUGUGGUAAAAUCAAGUCGCUUGAAAUCGAGUUGACUAUCGAUGCACACGAUAACAAAUUCAAGAAGGCAAUUGUGGAGUUUGAGUCUAAAGCGGCUGUUAGCACCGCUAUCCUUUUGAAUGGAGCAGAACUGGGCGGAAAACCAAUCACUGUUACCGCUGCUUCUGACGAUUCCGAGGAACCAGUACUACAAACUGUCCCCGGAGAUGACGGAGAUGACGAAAAUGUUGGUGUUGUCGUUUCAGAUAACAAUGUCGGUGGAAGCGGUGGAAUCGAUCCAGACUCUGAUGCCCCACAAGAAUUGAAACCAAAGGCAGCUAUUGUGGCCCAAUAUCUGUCUCAAGGGUAUGUGCUGUCAGAUAGUCUAAUUGAGAAAGCAAUCGAUUUUGACAAGCAACAUGGAAUCUCCCAGCAAUUCAAUGAUUUCCUCGCUAACGUUGAUCAGAGAUAUCAUGUUCAAGAGAAGACAUCUGAACAAUUGCAUGAAGCUGACACCAAAUUAGGAAUUGAGGAGAAAUUAGAGAAGGGAAAGCACACUUUAGCUUCUUACAUUGACAGAUUUAAGAAAGAUCCAUACGGAUCACGAAUCCAUAAGUUCUAUCUUGAGGUCAUCACUGAUGCCAAGCAAAUUCACGAGGAGGCCAAAAGGCUGGCCGAAUUGCGCAAGAGUCAAGCUGAACCUGAAAGCAGGUUGAGCUAA